AUGCCUCCCAGAAAAGGAGGAACUAAUUUAUCCAAACAAGGACAAAUUUAUGUUAAUGGUGAAAAUGUAAAUCGAGGUCAAACAGCAGUAGCUGAUGUUGGAGGAACAAUGGCGAUGAGUCAUAUUCCGAGAACAAAGGCCUCUGCUACAACAAAGACUUCUUCAGGAACAAAGGCUGGCCUGAUAAAGCAAUCAAAUUUUAGCAUUGCUCCUCUAAUUCUAGAGGGUGUUAAGCUACAUAAAUUACAAUUAAAUGAUGUUAUCAAACAGCAUUUAAAGGACUUACGAAUAUCUGAUAUUCAGCUAAGUCGAUCAGGUCACUUUACAAUAUAUGCAGCUGAUGUUAGCUCGUUUAAUCGUCUAUUAAAUGAGUUAACACCAAUACUUGCAACAAAUGGACAGGCUACAGCUAAAAUAUAUGUGCCCCGAUCCAUUCAACGUAUUAAAGAUACGGAAAAAGUCGCAUUUGUUAAAAAUGUCGACAUAGAAAUUCCUGAAGGUCGAAUAACUGAAGCAUUAAAGGACGUUGGACUUGAUGCUAUUGAUGUUGUUCGACUAAUGAAUAAAACUAAAAAUGUUCCUACUAGAACGAUCAAGAUUACAUUUAGUGAUCCACAUAAUCGAAAUACAUUCGUCCAUACUGGUUUACAAGUGGACUCAAUGCAUUUCAUAGCUGAAGCAGCAAAUCAAAACACCAAACCUGUACAAUGCUUUAUAUGUCUGCAAUACAAUCAUGUGGCAAAAUACUGCAAAACGAAACAGCAGAUAUGUGCUAGAUGUGGUGAAACUCAUCGCAUUGAACAAUGUACUGCUGCUAGUGAUUUAAUAAAAUGCUGCAAUUGUAAAGGAAGUCAUAUAGCAACAUCAAAUGAAUGUGCAACUUAUAAGGAACAGGAGAAACGAAUUAAAAAUUUAGUUAAUCAAUAUUCAUCUCCGAAUACACCAACAACAUCAGCUCCAGCCAUUCAUGACUUAAACGAAUUUCCAUUGCUACCAAACCUCUUACAACGUCAACAAGAACACAUUCAUAAUGAAUUAUUCGAUGAAAUUAUUAAUGUAUUAAGCAGCAAAAUGGAAAAGAUUAUCGAAGAAACAACCAGCCGACUAUUCUAG